UCCGAUCAACAUGAAACUCUUCACGUAUCUGCUGCUUCUGUGUCUUUUCUCUCAGCCUGGAGUCGAUUGUGCGGCUGAUGGAGACGGAUACUUCAUGUAUAUUGACUUCUGGUGCUCGCUGAGCUCCAGGGAGCCGCAGCAGGUGGAGUAUCUGGUGGACUGGUACGUUAACAGAGAGUUUAUGAUGCAGUUCAACAGCACGGUGGGGAACUGGACCGGCUUCACUCCAGCAGGAUUAAUGUACGCCCCUCAGCUGAAUAUAGACGAGAAGGAGCACCUUCAGAGGGAACUGGAGAGGAAGCUGAUCUGUGUCGACCACGUCGGGUUGAUAUUCAACGCCAGUGAAAUAAACAUGGCCGAACCGACCGUCACUCUCGUAGAAAGCAGCGGCGCCGAUGACAUCACCAUGCUGGUGUGCAGCGCGUACGACUUCUUCCCCAGAAACAUCAGGGUCACAUGGCUCCGCGACGGGCAGGAAGUGACCUCAGGCGUGACGUCCAGCGAGGUGAUGAGUAACGAGGACUGGACCUAUCAGGUUCACUCUUACCUGGAGGUCUCACCUGGCGGGCAGGACCGGGUCAGCUGCAUGGUGGAGCACGCCACCCUCAGGGAGCCCACGAUUCAGAGCUGGGACUUCAGUCAGUCUGAGAGGAGAUACCUGGUUGGUGGAGUCUGUGCUCUGCUGGUGGGGGCAGUGUGUCUGUCCUGGGGACUGAUCCAGUACAGGAGGAAAAGCUGUGAUCCACGAUUUCCACCAUCAAAUUUUGAAACAAUUGCACUUUCGUCCAUGCCUGUCAAGACUUAUAUGUAAAAGCCAAGACAGUAAACGAGGCUUAAAACACAGAUGUUGCUGCAAAAAAGCUGCACAAUCUGACCAGAAAAUCCUGUUAGAUGCACAAUACAGUCAUCGAAAAAAUGAUUACACCUUGUUUUCUUCAAUUUCGUGUUCAUUUUGAUGCCUGGUACAACU